AUGGAUCGAGACAGCCGAAAUGAGAAUGAUGGGCGAUCAGGGCCCAGCGAGACAGCGACACUUCCACCAGGCCUGGAAGCACUGUCACUCGCCCAAUUCGACAACCAAGUGGCCAAAGGACAGUUGAUCUAUGAGCCUUCGACAGCCGAGACCGUGGAAGACCAGGGGUUCAAACUCAAUUUUCGAUCCGUGCCACACCUGCGCCGCAAGCCUAUCACGCCGUCAGACGCUCCCGAGCGGAAGACGGGAAAGGGACAUAAUCCCUUCCUCAACCCAAACCCAGAAGAGAUUCUAGCGGAAGUUGGGCCAUCCCACCUCCUGAUCUUGAACAAGUUCAGCGUCUACCGCCCGAGUUUGCUGGUCAUUACGAGGCAUUUUGUACCACAGACAGACGAUCUCGAUAGGGGCGACUUGUCGGCCGCCUGGGCGAUCUUGCAGCACUUUCGGCGGCGGUACAUGAUGAUCUUCAACUGCGGCUUUGAGGCCGGAUCGAGCCAGGGACACAAGCACAUGCAGUUCUGGCCAUACCCGGACGAGCAGGAGCUGGGAUUCCAGCUCUUUCCCAAUGUGGCGGAGUCGGUGGUGGACGUGGCGGAUAGUAUUCCGACAGUCCCUCACAAGCAUUUCGUCCUUCGACUGCCUCCGCACAGUGACACAGGUACCCUCGUCCAAGCUUACGAAAAGCUGCUCAGAAGGGUCCGACAAAGCCACGAAGAAGCCGGCGGGGGCACCGACUACAACGUGAUUCUGGUGAGGGAGUGGAUGUGCAUGGUUCCUCGCCGGCACAGUGGCCUUGAGAGGGGAGCCGGCGCCAACUCGGCGGCGAUGCUGGGGUUGGUGUGGAUCGCUGCUGAAGGCGAAAGGGACGUCUGGAAUGCUUCUGGGCCAGCCGAGUACCUCAGAUACCUGGGUCUGCCCUGA